UCUGUGUUAAUUUCAGACAGAACGCAGUAAAAACAAGUGUACUUUUAUUGUGAAAAAAAUGAAAUGACGUCAUCAGCGCAGCGCCUGUUCCUCCGAAUGAAAGAUGGACAGUGUGUGCAGUCACAGCGUGUUCGUGCUGCAGCAGCUGCAGGAGCAGCGCAUCCAGGGUCUGCUGUGCGACUGCAUGCUGGUGGUGAAGGGCGUCUGCUUCAAAGCCCAUAAGAACGUGCUGGCGGCCUUCAGCGCCUACUUCCGCUCUCUGUUCCAGAACUCUCCGGCACAGAAGAACGAUGUUUUCCAUCUGGCCAUUCAGGAUGUGGGCGGCAUCGGGCAGGUUCUGGACUACAUGUACACGUCACACCUGGAGCUCAACCAGGACAACGUUCACACGCUGAUGGAGAUCGCCCAGAGCCUGCAGGUGUUGAACAUCCUGAACAUGUGUCACGCGUUCCUGAAGCCCUGCGUGUCGAGCGACGCGUCCUUCUCUCUUCCGGCCGAAGCGGCUCACGAUCAGGACAGCCUGUUGGGAGGCUCUCUGCCGUCAGAAGCGCAUCUUCCUCCUCCCGCGGACGAGCAGCACAAGCGAGCGCAGCCGGUGGAGACGGACCGCCAGCCGCCGCACGGCUACAAGCUCAGGAACUUCUACACCAGACAGUACUUCAAACAGAGCGGCAGCUUCCCGCCGGAGGAGCCGUUCCACACGAGCGUGAGCUCAACACACGCAUCAGAUCCCCCGUCCGGCUCCGAGGCCACGCCCCCGCGCGUUCUGCGGCCUAAGAAAGACGUUUACCUGAAGAAGUUCAACUACCUGCGAACGCACGUCAGUCCUGAGGAGGAGGAAGGAGAGCGCUGCGCUGGAGCCGACGCGCCGUGUGACCGGCGGGGGGUGACGGACGCCGCAACCUCUGACCUCUCCGUGACCUCUGAUCCAGCAGAAGCAUCUGAGCUGAAAACGACACCUGCGGCAGAGCCUGAUGACGCGGAGUGCAGGGGUCACGACGAGAGGUCAGAGGUCAGCAGCAGCAGCAGUAAUAAAUAUUGCUGUGAAGUGUGUGGAAAGACGUUUAAACAUCCCAGCAACCUCGAGCUGCACAAACGCUCACACACAGGUGAGAAGCCGUUCCAGUGUAACGUGUGUGGUAAAGGAUUCUCACAGGCAGGAAACCUGCAGACGCAUUUACGCCGACACUCCGGAGAGAAACCGUACAUCUGUGAGCUCUGCGGGAAGAGUUUCGCAGCGUCAGGUGAUGUUCAGCGUCACAUCAUCAUCCACUCGGGAGCGCGGCCGCACCUGUGUGACAUCUGUGGACGAGGCUUCAGCAACUUCAGCAAUCUGAAGGAGCACAAGAAAACUCACAGCACAGAGAAAGAGUUCACCUGCGAGCAGUGCGGGAAAUCCUUCAACAUGCAGAGAAAACUCUUCAAACACAAACUCAGACACAGCGGAGACAAACCCUACUGCUGCCAGACCUGCGGGAAGUGUUUCGCCGGCUCCGGUGAUCUCCAGCGUCACGUGCGCUCUCACACCGGUGAGCGUCCGUACACCUGUGACACGUGCGGCAAGAGCUUCACACGCACUGCAGUUCUGCGCAGACACCGCAGCUCUCACUGCAGGCCGGCAGACGCAGGAGUCUCUCAGUCCAGCAGCGGCUCCCCGGCGCCGACCCGACCCGCAGCAUCAUCAUCAUCAUCAUCAUCAUCAUCGUGUCUCUCAGUGGACAGAUCUCAGACUGACGGACUGUGCAGCAGCGGUGCGCUCUGGGGACGCGCCAUGAAGACACUGCAGAGCGACACUGACGUCUGAAUCAUGUGAUCAUCAGUGUUUCUCAGGGACAGACUUCAGUGGCUCAAUUAAAUUCUAUUUAUGAAUACAGUGUGAUUCUUCCCUCAUCGGCGUCUCAGUGUGUAACUGCUGUAGAUCAGCAUGUUCCGUUUCAAAACCUGCUUUAUUUGCUGGUCAUAUGAGUCAGACAAAACAUGCUGGAUACCGGUCACAGGUUUGGAAUAAUUUAGAUUUUAUGAUGUUUGUGAAAGAGUCUCUUCUGCUCACCAGGACUGCGUUUAAUUGAUCAAAAAUACAGUAAAAACUGUGAAAUAUUAUUAAAUGUAAAUCAGCUGUUUUCUAUGUGAAUAUAUAGUAAAGUGUAAUUAAUUCCUGUGAUCAAAUCUGAA